AUGUCACCCACUCCAACUGACAUAUCCUCAGGCGCCCGUCUACCUACAGACGUUCUUACUCACAUUGCUCAUCAUGUUCAUUCUCAUCUCUUACCACCACCAUCAAAUCUAGCAUCCCUCGACCCUCUCCCAACUCUCGCUUUUCCUCCUUCAACAUCAACACAUGACAUUCCAAUAGCUUUACCAUCCACAAUUCCAUCACCACAAUGGCCUCAAUGGCUCGUAUUCCACACCUUGCUCUCUCUCACCCGCACAUCAUCAGCAUGGCGCACCGCUGCCCUCCCAGCCCUCUUCUCAAGUCUCCAAAUCACCUACCCUCGAAGCUGGCUAGGUCUCCUUGCAAUCGUCUGCGGAGCAGAGCCUUCCCCGACAUACGAUUCCCACCCUGAACUGGACCCAGACUCGGACCAAGCCCUGCUCGCCCAGCACUUGGCACACGCAGCAUCCGCAGCGUUCCUCAUUACCGAGCGCAGAGCCCGCUCUCCAUCGAGGGAGGACACACUGCGUCUCUCGGCUCUAGCUGCAAGUAUUAGGGAAGCACUGGUGCGGGGAAGCCCGGGGUAUCAUAUCCCUCCCGAACUGCUCAGUCCCCCAGAGAGCAGGGAAUCAAGCCCCUCAAUUCCAAGAGGAAGGCGGCCCCUGACAGCAGAAGACGACUCCCAUCCCCCGCGCUCGCCCUCAUCCUCCACCCGCUCUCGCUCCCGCUGGCGUCUCUCCCGCCGAGUAUCCGACGCGCUACAGGAUGUCCUCCGCCCUCGGGGAGUGUACGUCCCCGCUCUGCCUGAUACGCACCCUGGUCGCUUCAUCCGGGAAGUGAGCUUUGCACAUUUCCGGACGAUCCAUAUGCGCUUACCGGCGAGUACGAAGCACACCGGUGCUGGGGGUCCGCCGAGGUUCGUCACUCCCGAGAGACUGUUGCGGCUGUUGAGGGAAGUCCCCGAGGUAAGAGCGUUCGGAGCGACAGAGUAUAUGGACUCGGCGCUUGAGCUGGCUGUGUUGGAAGAACUGCUCUUGCGUGGUUUGGGCGAGAAGAGCAGGACGGGCAACGCGGGUGCGAGUGGAGGAGCGGAGGAUAGAGGAAGGAGUGGAGAGACAAAGGAUUUACGCGCUAGGGAAAAGGGUAGGGAGAGGACGCACAGGCGGAGGAUUGGGCCUCGGGGUGGGAGUGGGUUGCACCGGGAAGCAGAGGAGGAACAGGAGGCUGAAGUGCCAGCGAACGGGCCGACCACUCUGGAAAACAAUACCAAUCCGGACGGGAGGGCCGACAAGCAGCCUGAAGAUACUGGAGCGAAGCCGGACCAGGAAGAUAUUGACCGAUGGGCGGAAUGUGCGCCGCUGGAGGCGCUCGAUCUUUGUGGGUGUGUGAGUAGGGUAUGUGGGAGGGCUUUGGGAGACUUUGUCAGGCGAUAUCCUGCCAAGGAGGGUGCUGUUCUUCCUGGAGCGUCGUUUGGUGCGGUACCUGGAGCACCGGCUGGAGCUGCAUUACCCGCAGAAGUUGGAUUAAUUGGAGAAGACGCCCAAACGAGCACGAAUCCGAAAUCAAGAAAGCCCGUCUCGCUCCCCCUCCAGCGGCUAGGGAUGGCAGGCAUGUCCGCCCUCCCUCCUGCCACACUACACAGUUUCGUCCUCCUCUUUCCGAACCUAACGAUGCUAGAUAUCUCCGGUACACUCGCACCGCCCUCUCUCCUCUACGCUCUAGCGCAGAGCAGCACCGUCCGCCUUCUCGCGCUCUCUCUCGCUCGCUGCCCACGCUUAACAGGGCAGUCGAUCCUUGCCCUCCUCCUCAGCCCCAAAUGUGCAAGACUAGACCAGCUCAACCUCUUCGGGGACGAUAGCUUUCCCUCUCCCCUCCUCCCUGGAGAACUACACACGCUCCUCACAUCUUCCCUCUUCCUCUCAGCCCGGCUAACGUUCCUAGACCUCUCCAGCGCACCCCUCUCUCCCUCUCACCUAGCUCUCCUCCCGUCACAGCCAAACCUGCGCACACUUGGCCUAGCGCACCUACCCGACCUACCCCUCCCCGCUAUCCGCCAGUUCCUGGAAACCCGCGCUCCGAACUGCGAGGUCCUAUCCCUCGCGCACAGCUGCCACCAAGAACUAGGACCAGCGAUGCGUCCCGGAGAACUGUCGAUGACCCUACACGUGCAGUUCCUCUCCCCUCUCUGCACCCCGCCAUUCUCCUUCAGCGCCAAGCCCAAACAGGCGAAAACGAGACUGAGAGUCCUGGAGCUCGCUCCGGAAGUCCUGGCCCUACUGGGGGAGGGAGGGGAGCCCUGGUGUCCCGUGAGGAGCAGGGGCAGGAGAGCGUGGUAUGUUGACAAGAGCGCGUUCUGGGCCCAGGGCAGGUUUUGUAGGGUUUCACCUGGGUUUGGGUCUGCUUUUGCUUUUGGUUUUGGGUCUGGGGUGGGGGUGGGGCAGGAGGGCACGGCCGAGGAGCGGGAAGAAAGGGAAAGGGAAUUGGCACGGGAGAGGGACGAAGCGCUGGCCGCGAAGCUCUGGAAAGCCCAGGUCGAGGAAUGGGCCUUGGCGAGGGGGAACGUCCCUACCGGUGUGGGCUGGGGAGGCAGGAAGAUGGAGGUCGUUCGAGGGGAAGGGAUGGUAGGCCGGGAAGAGGGACUGUAUGGUAUGGUUAGUUAUGCUUAUGCGGGGUAGGAGAACAGUAGCGGGCUAAGAUAGUGAUUGAAUUUAAA